ACGUCUUGUCAAACAAUAUGGCGUCAGCACAGCACAAAAUCGUCGUCGUCUCGGUUGGAACAGCGUCCGUUCCGCGAAAAAUUGUAAAAUAAAAAGUAAACCGUAAAUAUAUGGUAAAUAAAGUGUUGGAAACAGUAAAUAUGCGCAAACGCAAAUUGUAUAUACUUUAAACAAAUGUGAAAAGGCGCAGCCGACAGCAAAAACAAGGAAUUGCAACUUUUGCAGUGUGCAGAUAAAAUAUCACAACGUAAGAAUAUAACAUGGAUAUGCAAGUGCAGGGUAGAGAUUAGUCGAAUACUUUGAAUUUAAAAUUCAAUAUCCUAAUUUAAUUGUAAUUAGUCUAGUAGACUAGCCCCCAAGCGCGGCUACAAGCCACAACCGCAAGAAGCACGUGAGACUUAGAAAACACGAUCUUUGUGCAUAAAAUAUAAUAAUUUCAAAUAAAAGAAGAAAAAACUACAAGAAGAGGACUUGUUAAUUAAAAACCAAAACCAUGACGACUGACACCCGCCGACGUGUUAAGCUCUAUGCACUGAAUGCAGAACGGCAAUGGGAUGAUCGUGGCACUGGCCACGUCUCUUCCACUUAUGUGGAGCGUCUCAAGGGCACAUCUUUGCUGGUGCGCGCCGAAUCGGAUGGUUCCUUGCUGUUGGAGAGUAAAAUACAACCGGAUACGGCCUAUCAAAAGCAGCAGGAUACGUUAAUUGUCUGGUCGGAGGGCGAUAAUUUUGAUCUGGCUCUGAGUUUUCAGGAGAAGGCUGGUUGUGACGAAAUCUGGGAAAAGAUAUGCCAGGUGCAAGGCAAAGAUCCUUCGGUGGAAAUCACACAGGAUAUUGUCGAGGAAUCGGAGGAUGAACGCUUUGAGGAUAUGUCAGAUACGGCGCCACCGAUUGAAUUGCCGCCGUGUGAAUUAUCACGGCUCGAGGACAUCUCCGAAACAAUACAGAGUUGUUUAUCGACGCCGUUGCGCAAGGAAAAGCUAUCGAUGGCCCUGGAGUCGGAGAACUACAUCAAGAAGCUUCUAAAUCUAUUUCACGUUUGUGAGGAUCUCGACAACACUGAGGGACUUCAUCAUCUAUUUGAGAUCUUCAAAAAUAUAUUCUUGCUUAAUAAGAACGCUCUGUUCGAGAUUAUGUUUGCCGAUGAUACCAUCUUUGAUGUGGUCGGCUGCCUGGAGUAUGAUCCCAGUGUGGCUCAGCCAAAGAAGCAUCGACAAUAUCUAAAGCAGUGGGCCAAAUUUCGUGAAGCGGUUCCCAUCAAAAAUCAGGAUCUAUUGGCCAAGAUCCAUCAAACGUUUCGUGUGCAAUACAUACAGGAUAUAAUAUUGCCAACGCCGUCGGUAUUUGUCGAGGAUAACAUGCUAAACACAUUAUCCAGUUUUAUAUUCUUCAACAAAGUUGAGAUUGUCACACUUAUCCAGGAGGAUGAACGUUUUCUGCUCGAUGUCUUCACCCUGCUCACAGAUCCAGCAACUGGCGACAUUAAACGUCGUGAUAUUGUUCUGUUUCUCAAAGAGUUUUGCAAUUUUGCACAAAAUCUGCAGCCACAGGGCAAGGAUUCGUUUUAUAAAACCCUCACCUGCCUGGGCAUUUUGCAGGCUCUUGAGCUGACGCUGGUUAUGAACGACAACAAAACCAAGUCGGCAUCCAUAGACAUUCUCACGGCCAUCGUGGAAUUCUCGCCGCUUGUGGUGCGCAACUAUACUCUAAAUCAGGUCAAUCGACCAGAAGGCGAGCGUAUGUUGCUGAAUAUUGCCAUUGAACAAAUGUUGAACGAUUCGGAGCCAGAGCUAGGAAUUGCAGUACAGUUGAUGGGCAUUAUCAAGAUCUUGUUAGAGCCCGAAAACAUGUUGACUGAGAAGGGCGACUUUUUGAACUUCUUUUACAAGUAUAGCGUACAAACGCUAGUUGCUCCUUUGAUGCUCAACACGAUGGGCGAUCGUCCUCAGAACGAGGAUUACCAGACUGCACAGCUGCUCGGCAUUGUGCUGGACAUUUUGUCAUUUUGCGUUGAACAUCAUAGCUAUCAUAUUAAGAAUUUCUUGUUGCAAAAAGAUCUCCUCAAACGAAUUCUUGUGCUCAUGAAGAGCACACACACGUUCCUUGUACUUGGCGCUCUGCGACUUUUGCGCAAGAUAAUUGCACUUAAAGAUGAGUUCUACAACAGGCACAUUGUCAAAUGCAAUCUGUUUGCGCCUGUUGUGGAUGCCUUUAUUCGUAAUAAUGGUCGCUAUAAUCUAUUGGAAUCGGCUAUAUUGGAAUUAUUCGAGUUUAUAAAAAUUGAAGAUAUACGCACAUUGUGUGUAUACUUUGUGGAAAAUUUCAGCAAGAUAUUUGAUGAAAUCGAAUAUGUGCAAACGUUUAAAUACCUAAAGAAUCGAUAUGAUCAAUAUCAGGAUCGGCUCAAGGAUCGCGACAAGAUGGAGAAUCGCACUGAUGGAAGUCUACCCAUAAUUCGCAGUGGAGGACGCUUUCGUCGCGACCAGCGUCAAAUGGAGGAGGAGGAGGAGAUGUGGUUCAAUGAGGAAGAUGAUUUCUCCGAGGAAAUUGAUAGCUAUAACAAUGUCAUGAAAUCAGUCAGCGAAAAGAAUGGCCCGCAGCAAACACAAAAUGCGACGCAGCAACAGAAAUCAUCGCCGCCGCACAGCACGUCACCGCACAGUGGUGGUUUGUUGGGCAAUUUGAAUGCCACAGCGACUGCAACAGGAACAGCAACUGCAACUGCCACAGCCACUGCCACUUCAGUAUCAACGCCGGCGGCAAGUGGCAGCAGUAGCCCGGAAACGGCGACGACGAGCAGUGCCGAUGAGCAGGCUCAGGCUGCCGUGCAAUUGGCAGCGGCUGCUAAUAUUGCCCUGCAACAGCAACAGCAUUCAUUCCAGCAACAACAACAGCAGCAGCAACAGCAUACGUUGUCCCUGAAUAGCACACUUGUGGCAGCGGCUGCUGCUGCUGCCGUAGCAUCCACAUCGAAUGCGGCCGCUGCGGCGCAACUAGUAGAAAGCCAACAGCAACAACAACUGCAACAACAACAGCAGCAGCAACAACAACAGCCUGAAAUUGCAGAGCUGCAACAACAAUUAAACGCUGUUGUGCCACAAAAUCAAGAAUUGCUACUGUCAGCUGCAAAUAGCGCGUCAUCAUCGUCCUCUUCAUCAUCAUCAUCAUCAUCGUCGUCAUCAUCCACGUCAUCGUCACUGGAAGCAUCCAACUCAUCGUCAUCAUCAUCAUCGACGCUGUGCGACUCGGCGACAGUUGCUGCCGUGGCAGCAUCACAAUUUCUAACAACGAUUGCAACGGCCAUGGCUGCCUCAGUUACGGCGGCAGCCAGCACGCCCAGUCUUGCGUCCGCUGUGGCCAUCAACAAAGACAGCGCCGACAGUGAGCCACAAACACAGCAGACGUCACCCGCCACAGAUGUCAACGAUUCGCAGCUGAAACUAGACGGGGACAAGACAGCGCCUAGCGCCGAGUUGCCAACGGGCGGCGAUGCGGACAAGAUGACCAAAAAGGGACUGGUGGACUAUGAAAGCGAUUCUGGCGAGGAUGAUUAUGAGGAGGAUGAGGACUCGGAUGGCCCCCAAGCACAAAAGCGAGCGCGUAUUGUAUAGUAAGGGGGCACAUUAAAGCACAGCGGCAUCAAUUAUAAAAUAGUACAUACACACACACACCCCAUAUAUAUAUACACUACACACCCACGAAUGUAAGGGUUGAUCAGUGGGCGCAACAACAGCAACAUCAGUAACAACAACAACAGAUACAAUAAUUAUAAUAAACACAGCAGACAGCGGACAAAAAGAACAACAUUCAAACCAAUUAAUCAGCCCGUUAUUAAAUCGGGACACUCGGCGGAUGACAAGGAGGUGUAGGGAGAUAAGAGGAGGGCAGUAGAUCCUCAACAGAUCCUCGCCUCGAGAAGCGCUUAUGUUAAGAAGAACAAGCAAAAAUCAUAAAUUUAAAUUUUAGUCUAAAAACAUUUAUUUUAAAGAAAC